UCUCGGUGUCUUUGAAGCAUGUUGGAAGAAUGUCUGAAAGGGUAGACACUACGGGGAAUAGUACUGGGAUAUUUUCUAAGAAUGCUACGUGUGAUAUUCAAUAUUCCUUCGACUAUUGGAUAUUUUCAAUUGUCUAUCUCUUGGUGUUCUUCCUGGGCCUGCCCAUAAACUGUGUCGCCCUUUACACAGCCUACAAGCAAGUGAGGCGCAAGAAUGAACUGGGAGUAUACCUCUUCAAUCUGACUGUGGCUGAUCUGCUCUAUAUAUUAACCCUGCCCUUCUGGAUCGAUUUCACUAUGAACCAUGACAAUUGGCGAGCUGGAGCUACCAUGUGUCGUAUCUGCUCCUUUUUGACCCACACAAAUUUAUAUGCAAGCUCUGUCUUCCUGUGCUGUAUUUCCUUUGACCGUUACCUCGGGGUGGUUCAUCCUAUGAAGUUGACUAGAGUCCGCACGGUGAGAGCAGCGAUCGCAAUCAGCUGUGUUGCCUGGCUCAGCCAAUCAGCUUUCAAUCUUGAACUGUUGAUCAAACCAGAGAUAGCCAAUGAAUCCACCAGUCACAAGUUGUGCUACGAUAUCUACCCCAUCGAAUCUUGGAAGGCAAAUCUCAACUAUUUCAGGAUUUUCUUUGGAUUCCUGCUCCCAUUUGCUCUGAUCUUCAUCUUCUACUGGAGAAUUUAUAACUCGGUGAGGAGCAGUAUUGCUACUCUGCGCCAUGAAAAGAGAAGAGUGGUGAAGCUAAUGCUGAGCAUCACAGUGGGUUUCACCAUCUGCUUCUUCCCCUACCAUACGCUGCUGUUGGUCCGGAGCAUCAUGGAGAAGGACUGCACCUUCGUAAGCUACAUCUUCAUCCCUUACCGAUUAUCGGUGGCUCUCAUCUGCAUGAAUUGCAUCCUGGACCCAAUCCUGUAUUGUUUUGUGAAUGAGACAGCACGCAGGGAUAUCCUACUUGUCAUACUGUGCAGGAAAGGGACCAAUGUCUAUAGGGACAGAAAACUGCAAUCCAACAAUAUGUCAGAGACUGUGAUUCUUUAAUAAAACAAAGAAUGCUACAAACGCAGUAUCUGUGGCAGGAGAAAACAACAGAGUUAAUGUUUCAGAAAGAAUGACCUCUUAUCAGAACCAAAAGAAGUUAGAGAUUGAACAGGUUUGAAACAAGAUCAGAUUUGGGUAAAUGGAGGAUUAGAAGGAAAAAGCAUCAGACAAUUCCAACAUUCCAACAUCAGUAUAUUAACACGCUGAAUGCACUCUCCAUUGGUUUGUAAUUAUGGAAAAGUGAAAGGAAUUGUAGGAUUCAGUUGUGUCAUGAUCGAGGUUAAGGCCGAACAUCCCAAUUUAGGAAAAGGCAACAUUUAGCUUCUACAGCAUGCAGUAACUCAAAGAGCUGGCCAUUCACCACAAGCCCAAUU